UGGAUGACAGUGCGCAGGCGUAGCAGACCUAGCAAUGGCGCUGCGUCUGAAGCUGGUAGAAUUGCCGCUCAUAGGAAUGGGAGAAACUCCAGCAACAAUGCGCGCUAUCAAAAGUGGUUUAUUUUUGGAGCGGUUGCUUUAGCGCUAUGUGGCAUUUAUUUGUACAAUGCGUUCAAACAAACAGCAGCUCGAGGAAGGUCAAUAACGCCUUUUAGAGAACAAAUUUUGGAUGCUGGAUCAACGACACCGUCAAGAAACAGCGAUUUGUUUUGGGGCGCAUACAGACCUGGAGUAUAUUUUGGGAUGAAGACCAGAAGCAAUCAAAGUCCAGUGUUUGGGCUUCUUUGGCUGGUUCAGUUCGAUCCAAAUAGGGUAGAUUUCCGCCACAACUGCGACCAGGGAUUAAAACUGCCUCGCUAUGGUUGGAUCUCACAUGAUGGAGUGUCGUUCGGCUACCAAGAGAUUGUGGAGAAGGACUUUGUACUGAAUGUGUCCUUCGUGAAGAGACCCCAUCUGGGCAUUCACGGGGGAGACUGGACUGCCAGGGUACAAGUCAGCCCCCACCCACCUAGUGCAAGUGCCCCCACUCAAGUGCCAAGUGGCCAGGAUAGUCCAGAGAAACAACCGGCCACAGACAGUUACUUGCACGUCUCACUCUUCUUCUACACAGCUCUAGAUGGACAGGGGGAGAUAGAGUCUGUGUUGGAGAGUGAUGGUCGCCUCAGUGCAGUGAGAGGCUACUCCAACGAACUGGGAUACUUCGACCUCAAGUUUGAACAGGGGGAGGGCGACUUGAGCUACCACUUCCUGGAGGCAUACACGCCCAGUCUGCAUCUAAUCAAAGAGGCCAUACAACACUACUCUUCCGCCGUCACCAUGAAAAACAACCACCCUAAAAAGGGACAGCGGUUCGCGGUGCUGCCUGGAUCGCGCAUUGAUCAGAUCAGGCAGAGUGCCAGUAACCCAGACCUGCCACUGAACCUGAUAGUGAGCCAGGUGUCAGGCACAGGCGCCUUCUCCAUAGAAGCUGCAUUUGAGUCAGCCAGUCACAUUAUUAGGAAAGAGAGACUAGUUGGCGACGUGUACUCGAGGGAGUUGGGGGAUCACUUGUCUCAGUUUCACAGUCGUUUUGAACAUACAUUCCGACUGAGAGAGAAGGGCUUCUCAGAGGAGGAAGUGGGGUUUGCAGAGGCAGUGUUCAGCAACCUCAUAGGGGGCAUGGGCUACUUCUACGGGGCCAGUGCCAUCCAGACGGACCAGUUCGAAGCGCCUCUAGCCUACUGGUACACUCCACUCUUCACUGCAGUCCCAUCCAGGUCUUUCUUCCCGCGUGGGUUCCUGUGGGACGAGGGCUUCCACCAGCUGUCUAUCUCCAGAUGGAACAGUUCCAUCUCGCUGGAUGUGCUGGCUCACUGGAUGGACCUCAUGAAUGCGGAGGGCUGGAUCCCAAGAGAACAGAUACUCGGCAGCGAGGCUUUAGCUCGGGUGCCGCGUGAGUUCAUAGUGCAACAUACUAGCAAUGCCAACCCACCCUCUUUCCUCCUGACUGUGGACUACAUGCUGGACAGGGACCUCAUUCCAGACCACUUUCUGCGCAAACUAUAUCCAAAGCUACUCCAGUGGGUCUCAUGGUACAACACGACGCAGACGGGUCCAAUAGCGACAACAUUCCAGUGGAAGGGGAGGAACACGAGCACUGCGCUGGAACUGAAUCCGAAGUCGCUCAGCUCGGGCCUGGAUGACUACCCCAGGGCAUCCCACCCAAGUCCAGAGGAGUACCACGUGGACCUCAGGUGCUGGAUGGCACUCACUGCACAGGUGUUGACGAAGGUGUCGGAGAAAGUAUCUCUCUCUGACGUCACAUCUCUGUCCAACUGGAGGGAUACUCUGACAGACUUCUCUCUGCUGAAGUCACUGCACUGGUCAAAUGAACACAAACACUUCACCGACAUAGGCACCCACUCACACCAUGUAACCCUAGUUCGUCCUGCUGUAAAGAAGAAACACCCUCAGGAGCCGGAUCCCCAGAUGGUGCGGAGGGUGGUGGAGUCAGUGUCUUCUGUGCCAGUGCACGUGCCGCAUCUGGGCUAUGUCAGUCUGUUCCCCCUCAUGAUGCGACUGAUGCCCCCAGACUGUGCUGAGUUGGGUCUAACAUUGGGCCACAUCAGAAACCCAAACACACUGUGGACGCCUUAUGGAAUCAGGUCACUGUCUAAGCAGGACCCCCUGUACAUGAAGAGGAACACGGAGCAUGACCCGCCCUACUGGAGGGGUCAGAUAUGGGUGAACAUGAACUACAUGCUCCUCAGGGCACUGCACCACUACUCGCAGAUGGGGGGACCACAUGCACACACGGCCAAACAGAUUUACUCUGAGCUGAGAAACAACCUCAUACAAAACAUAUUCAGACAAUACCAAGUGAGUGGAUUCGUGUGGGAGAACUACAAUGAUUUGAGUGGGAAGGGACAGGGAGCUCACCCAUUCACUGGCUGGACUUCCCUAGUACUCCUACUCAUGGCCGAGGACUACUAGUGCGAACGAAGACAUGACAUGACAUGACAUGAAACCAUAUCCUGCCUAGUUUACACAUUCCUCGACAAUUUCAUCUUCUCUCGGAUUAGCUGCUGGACGACAAAUCAUCUAUUACAAGCAAUAAUGUGUCCUGAUUUUGAGCAAUUGCAGUCUAAUGGUUCUAUAAUGAAAUGAACUAGUGCAACCACCUGCAUCUGGAUAUUGUCUGUGAUUGGCCAAAUACUCCUUUGUAACUGGCCUGAAAUUGCACUGUGCUUAUGCUUUGUCAAUCUAUUUAUGAAAUUUUUUCCUUUUGCAAAUAUUAAUGUUUUUCAUGUAUAUAUCUUUUUGGUUGUUUUCAAAAACUUGUUUUAAAUUUAAUUAUUUUAUUAAGUUAAUAUUUCUGCCUUG